AUGGACAAGUGGAAAGCUGCACUUACUAAAGUUGCAAAUUUAUCUGGAUGGGACUUGCAAAAUGUUGCUAAUGGGCAUGAAUCAAAAUUUAUUGAAAGUAUUAUAAAACGAGUCCUACAAGAGGUCAACCAGACACCUCUAGAUGUUGCUUGGCACCCAGUUGGAGUAGAUUCUCGGGUCGAAGAUAUAGAGAUGCUACUGCAAAGUGAAUGUGAAGAUGAAGUUCGCAUGGUUGAAGCUGAUGCAUUUAAUGGUCUAGUCAAGUUGCAAGAAAAACUUCUUCAUCAAAUCCUCAAAACUAAGGACUUUGAAGUUAAGGAUGUUGCUGAAGGCGUUAAUCUAAUCAAAGCAAGGCUUGGGUCAAAGAAGGUUCUAAUUAUUCUUGAUGAUAUGGACCAUAUAAGCCAAUUAGAAUACUUAACAAGAGAAAGAAAUUGGUUUGGUUCGGGUAGUUUAAUAAUUUUUACAACCCGAGACGAGCAUUUGCUAUGUGGUCUUAGAGAAAAUGAGAGAUAUGAGGCCAAACUAUUAAUUGACUAUGAGUCUCUGCAACUUUUUUCUUGUCAUGCUUUUGACAGUCUAUCUCCACCACAAGAAUACAUUGAGCUGGCACGAGACGUAAUCAAAUAUUCAGGUGGGCUACCAUUAGCUCUUGUUACAUUGGGGUCACAUUUAAGAGGAACACAAAUAGAAAAAUGGACAUGGGAAAUCAAAAAACUUAGAGCAAUUCCUCAUAAAGAUAUCCAAAAGAUUCUCCAGAUAAGCUUUGAUGGACUUGAUGGGGAUACUCAGAGUGUUUUCCUUGAUAUCGCAUGCGCCUUCCAUGGAUUUUCUAAGAAUGAUGUUACCAAAAUAUUAAAUGCAUGUGGUUUCUGUUCUGAAAGUGCAAUUUCAACCUUAGUCCAAAGACAUUUGCUCCAAAGGGAUUGGCGUUCUUUGGUUAUGCAUGAUCUAGUACGGGAUAUGGGAAGAGAAAUUGUUCGCAUGGAAUCACCCCGAGACCCUGGAAAACGGAGCAGAUUGUUCAAUCCUCAAGAAGUUUGUGAUGUUCUACAAGGCAAUAAAGGUUCCAAAAAGGUAGAAGUACUGAAGGUAGAUCGACAUGCAUUAAAGAGCGUGAACUUGAGCACGAAAGCAUUUAAGAAAAUGAAAAAUCUGAGGGUGCUUAAAAUCGAUGAAUUACAUGUUAGUGGAGAUUUUGAGUUGUUGUCCAAGGAGCUCAGAUGGUUGUCUUGGAAAAAAUGUCCUUUAGAAUGUAUACCAUCAAAUUUUCCAACUGAGAAACUUGUAGUUCUGGAUAUGCGGGAGAGUAAUAUCCAAGAAUUUAGUCUGAAUUUGCAGUGUUGUAAAAGUUUGAAGAAGCUAAAUCUUUCUGGUUGCAAGCAACUCAGAAGAACUCCGAACUUCAGUGGUUCACACUGUCUUGAGACUUUGUGGUUUCAUGAUUGCUCUAGUCUGAAGGAGAUCCAUCAAUCAAUAGGAAAUCUAAAGCGACUAAUUUAUCUAAAUUUGGAUGGUUGCAAAAAGCUUACGGAUCUUCCAAGCAGCAUAUGCCAGCUAGAUUCUCUUCAGAUAUUGGAUAUUAGUAGAUGCUCAUCUAUACAAAAACUGCCAGUUGACUUUGGAGAUAUUCAAAGUCUAAAAUUUCUUUGGGCAUAUGAUACGGGUAUAAAACAAUGGCCUGGAUCUGUUGAAAUGCUAAGAAAUCUUGAAACUAUGAAUGUUGGAUGUCGAUAUUUAAAGGCCAAAAGGAGUUUUCCUGGAAGAAGAGUCCAUCAGAUACAGGGGCGGAUCUACCUUAUGAGGUACUUGCACUUGGAUUUGAAUGAUUGUGAGAAUCUUCAAACACUCCCACCUGUAUCAGAUUUAGAAAGUCUUACAUCUUUUGAAAUUGCAAAUUGCAAGAAGUUGGUAAACAUUACAAGGCUGGAAAUCCUUCCUUCUAUAUGGAAGAUGAACAUGCUUAAUUGUACUCUGCAGAAUCCACUCAAAGAAGGUUUCUUUGGUGCAACUGCUCUAGCAUUGCAAUCUAGAGAAACUUCAAUUCUGAUUAUUCUCUCUCUUUCUCUUUCUCCCUCGCUCUCUCUUGCCAUACUAAUAAUCUUCCAUCUUCAUCUGAUUAAGCAGGGGGUAGAAAUUUAUCUUCAAAGCAAUGAGAUUCCAGAUUGGUGUAGCAAUCAAGUAACCGCUUCAUCUCUCUGCCUCAGUAUGCCCAGACAUAAUAAGGAGUAUAAAUUUUUAGGAAUGAUUAUCUGGUGUGUUCACAAGAUUGUCAAAGUACGCUCUUCUGGUCCACUGAGUACUUUCUUGGGGUGUAGAUUCGGAAAGUUGCGUACUUUCUUGGGGUAUGGACUCGGAGAAAGGACUCCAUGUGUCUUAACAUAUGGUGUGGGUGUAAAACUCCAUGAACACACAGAAGUAUCAAGUGUAUUUUACAGCACUUACAAUCAAGUACCUUUACGUGGCUGGGUAAAUGGCAGAGAAAAGAUGAAACUCUUCGAGCAGGGUGAAGAAUGUAGAGUAAAGAAGAUAGGGAUCCAUCUGCUAUAUUUAGACCAACAUGGCAAUGUUACAUCUUUGCCGGGAGAGGUGGAUCAGUCUUAUUCUCAGAUGAAGAGAAAUCGGGAGACAAACGAUGGAGUCUUAGUGGAAACGGACCCGCAGAGCAAUGCAAUGCUUGAUGAAAUUUUCAAUUCCUUGACGGAAUACCCAAGUUCUGAGUGCUAG